AUGGGCGCAUUCAACCUCGUUCCUCUUGCGGUCCUCUUCCUGGUCGUUGGAGGCGUAGGCUGGGUUGGCUACCAGAUCUACCUCUACUCCAACGAGCUUGCCGAGCGCGGCGUCCGCAAGAUGGAGAAGAAGAACGUUGUCUUCACCAAAGACGGCGCGAGAGUCGGCGUCAAGGAAGUCAGCGCGGAGCAGUAUGCGGACAAGACACAGAAAGCGUUUGUCAAGACGUGGAAUGCUGCGCAGGACAGUCCGCAGACAGGAAACUCUGUCAGGACGCGGAGGGCUUGA